AUGGCCAGUGAGGCUCCUGAUUUGGCGAACCCGCCAGCAGGAGACACUGCAGACCGAGAUUCCGGUCUGCUCCUCCUGCCAUCAACACAAUACGCGCCACCUCCCGCGCCCACGAAUACAGCCCAGGGACCGGAUAAGGCGGCGGCUGCUGCGAGUGCCCGGCCGUCUGAGCUGCCUCCCGUCCCCAGCUCGGCCGCCACAGACCUGGGACCUGCCCCGGAGUUCCACUUCACGUUCCCAGAAAGGCUGAAGGGCUGGGACAAGUCAGUCGCGGUGUGGCUCCAGGAGAACAACAAGUACUUCUCGGGCGUGGCGGCGUCGGCCGUCGUCUUCAGGGGGGAGCGGGUGCUGGUGCUGCAGCGGGCGCCGCACGACAGCAUGCCCCUCCAGUGGGAGCCGCCGGGGGGCGGCGUGGACCCCGAGGAGACGAUACUGGUUGGGUGUGCGAGGGAGCUGUGGGAGGAGGCGGGUUUGGUGGCUAAGCGGGUGGUGAGGGUGGUGCCGCCACCUGUGACCAAGGAUAGUGACGAAGUUGAGGGUGUGGAGAGGGAGGAUAGGGAUCUCGGGAUUCCGUUCUCGAAUAGGACGGGGGACAAAUUUUAUUACAAGUUCACGUUCGAGGUGGAGGUGGAGGAUGCUGAGGCCGUGAGGACUGAUCCGAAUGAGCAUGUGGGCUGGAUGUGGUUGACGGAGGAGGAGGUUGAGAACUGUCGGGCUUCAAACGGCAGCGCUGUUUCUUUCACGAUGAGCUCGGUGAGGAAACAGUUACUCGGGGCUUUUGCUUUGAGAAAGGCAGGUUAA